AUGGAUGGGAAUAAGGACGAAAGCGAGCGAUGUAUAUCGCUUGCGAAGAAGUAUUUGGCCGAUGGAGAGAAAUCAAAAGCUUUAAAAUUCCUCAAUAAAGCAGAACGGCUUUAUCCUUCACAAAAAGCGAAAGAAUUGAUGGAACAAAUUAGCACAAUGAAUGGAACAACUGCAGGAAAAAAAACACAUGCUGAAGAAAGCACAAAAGAAAAUGUUCGACAGAGGAGAGGAAGUACAGGAAGGGGUGCCUCAGAGGAAAACCAAGGAGAGUCUGAUACAGUAGAAAGGAGUUACACACAAGAACAGAUAGAGGCAGUCAAGAGAAUAAAGAAAUGUAAAGAUUAUUAUGAUAUACUGGGGGUUCAAAAAGAUGCCACAGAAAAUGACUUAAAGAAGGCAUAUAGAAAACUAGCUUUACAAAUGCAUCCCGACAAGAACAAAGCCCCAGGAGCAACGGAAGCAUUUAAAGCGAUCGGUAAUGCCUUUGCUGUCCUCAGUGACGCUGAUAAAAGAAAAAAAUAUGAUUUGUAUGGUCCUGAGACUGACACAACUACAGAAUCUCGGAGAGGUUACCAUCAUGACUACUCACACGGUUUUGAAGGUGACAUUUCUCCAGAAGAAUUGUUUAACAUGUUUUUCGGGGGAGGAUUUCCUACAAACCAUGUAUACACAACACACCGACCAAGGCAUGCACAGCAUCAUCAGCACCACCACCGUGCUACCAAUGUAUCCAACGAUGGGAGCUACACUUUACUACUGCAGUUAACGCCAAUAAUCUUACUAGUCCUUCUAUCCCUUCUUAGUAGUUUCUUUGUCAGCGAUCCACUGUUCAACAUGCAUAAAACAGAAAAAUAUGCUGUUCAGAGAAAAACAGGAAAUCUUCAAGUUCCAUAUUAUGUAAAAAGAGAUUUUCGAGUUGAAUUCAAGAGUGAUUUACGGCGUUUAGAACGACAAGUAGAGGAAGAGUAUAUAUCAUCAUUACGCCAAAACUGUUGGCGAGAGAGAAGCUAUAAAGAGAACAUGCUAUGGCGAGCCAGGAAUUAUGCAGAUGGAAAAUUAUAUGAAAAAGCUAGUAAUUUAGAGACUCCUUCAUGUGAUCAGUUGAACAAGAUAUAUUCUUCAUGAUACCUCUUGUUAAACAAGUGAGAUCGGAAUGUCAUGUUGGUUUCCUUUUUUCUUCAAUUUCCCUGUGAUGACAGAAUGGAACUAUUGGUUCAUGUGGCCCUAACGACCAACCCAUGGAGUUGUGAAUUCUUGAUGACAUGUAACAUGUCAAUUUGGAAUUUUAUGGUUAUCAGAGACUUGAUAUACAGAUAUUUAGAUGUAGUUAAUGGGACAAAAUCAUUAAAGAUAAGGUUUUGGAAUGAUGUAUAACACAACUAUUAUAAAAUCAUGAUGGAAGACAAGAUUUUCUACACGAUAUUUUAACUUCGCUAUCAAUUAUUAGCUAGAUUUCUCCUACUAGAGUUAUAUAUAGAUUGACUUUAAAUACAAGUUUAAGCAUUUGAAAAAUUCCUUCACUUAUUCUAAGUGAAUGCAGCCCUAUAAAGGAUUUGUCAUAAUUUAGAGCAAAAAUUCCACUUGCAGGAUCAAUGAAUGAUUAUAAAAUACAAAAUGUGUUAUAGAUCAAAAAUACAAAAUGUGUAUAUGUGGAUGGUUUGUAGUUUAAAAUAAUUGUAAAAGUAAUUGUAAUUGUACACACUAAACCUUCAAUAUAUCUUUUGUGUACCUAAUAACCUGAGAUCAUUAUAUUAUAUAGCCACAUCUGAUAUAUCAGGUCACAUGACUUUUUUUCCAGUAGGAAAUUAAAGUUGUUUUGAUUGAUAUGUCAUAUUACAUAAAUUAACAAAUAUGACAAUUUUGGUAGCCUAUCUGUACUUUCAUCAUGUUGUCAUGAGCAACAUAAUGUGACUUUAAACUAUAUAUCUUUGUAAUUUCUUUUAUAAUAAUAAUUGUAAGAUGAACCUCAUAGUGCGUUCAUGUUGAGAUAAAUAUCUGGUAGGGCACAUUGUUUCUGGUAACUUUAAAAUAUUGGAUGUGUUAUUGAAUGUCAGGGAUUCUCCUUACUUGUCCAGAGUGUGCGACCUAUAUGUUUUGUGUGAAUGUUGAGCGAUGUGAGAACCAGUGUGGUCUGUGUGUAUUGGGAUUGUCUUACUGACUGUGAUGUUGGUACGUAGCUUACAGAAGAAAAUGAUAUACACAUGUAAAUAUGAAGUGCUUGAGUCACUUGCGACAGUACUUGUUACAUUAGUAACAUUAUAUGUUGUCAUGAAUCGUUAGCAUUUAUAUUUGAUUUGGUGACUGACACAUGUACAAGGAACUUCUUAAUUUGGAGAGUUUCUUUUAUAGGACAUAAACUACUCUUUCUUUUAAUUUUUGAGUUGGUAAAUCAUAAGAGUUUGAUGUUUUGUUGUAAUGUGCCUGGAUAUGCAACUAAACUUCCAUUAUUUACUUUCUUGCAGUAAAGAUGUAUACUUUUAUAAAUGUAUAUAUGUAUUAUACCUUGAGCUAGUAUUUUGCAAGGGGUUCUGCAAAUAUUAAUCUGAUACGAUAACUUACUAUCAUAUGAGGCAUUCCAGUUUUUACUCAAAUUCAUUGGGCUCAAAAUCAGAAAAAAAUGAAAGACUAAACAGAUACUUGGAAUAUAGGUAUAUAAACAGAUCUAAAUGGCAUCCUGGCCAUGGAUAGCGCAGGCUUUAUGAUUUACUGAAUAUUUGAAUGUAUGUGAACAUUGGAUGUGAAUAUUGUGUUGAUAAAUAAAAAUGUGCGUAUAAUAACAGAAAAAAGGUAACGUUUUUCAGAGAAAGUUAAUAUAUGAUAUUUUCAUUAUCCUUUGUGUUGUUUUCAAUUAAUUUUUGUACAUAUGAAAGCUGUUUCUAUUUAUGAAUGUCAGUGUCAGUAGUGGUGUGUUUAUUAUUAGUGCAAUUGUCCAUUCAGCAGUGUUAAACUGUCUGAAAUUAGAAUUGUAACAGCAAUUUACCUUAUCAUAUUGUAUUAUGCAAAAUUGCACAAGAACCAAAUGUGUGUUUAUGUUUACCUCCUCUACGUAGAGGAAAUAUUUGACACACUUGAACAGUCAUUGGCAAAACUAAAAAUGAGACUUUUAAUGAAUAGAAAAAAUUCAGACCUACAAAAGGUAUCGAUUGAUCAAAACAAGACAAAAUUUCCAUUUCGUUAUAUGAAUAAUAUUUGAUCAACUUCUUAGAUAUGUAAACGAGGCUGUCAUAGUUCAACCUCGCUUGUUUCAUUAACCAACUUAUUCAAAGUAGGAAUCAUCAUUUAAUGUGAGUUCUAUCAUUAUUUAAUGUAAGUUCUAUCGUUAUUUAAUAUGACUUCUAUCGUUAUUGAAGGUGAAAACUAUCAUUGAUUAAUGCAAAUUCUAUAGAAAAGUCACAGCAGGCUAAAAACUGGACAUCAGUUAAAUUCGAUGAGAAUUGCUUCUUGGGGUUUUAAAAUAGAAAUGUUUUUUAAACAGAUUUUAAUUGAAGACACAAGUUUUAUAGUAGCUCUCAGAAAUACAUUUUUCUUCAUGGUAACUAUAUCAGUUUUCCAUAAAAAAUUGUUUCAUACUACAUUUUAGGGCUAUUCUUAAAUUAAAUGUGCAGUGCAGAUGAGAAGCAUCUAUAGUUUUUUGUAAUAUAUUCCUUAAGUCAUUUAAUGUUGGAUGGUGUCUGAUCAGUUAAUUCUGGAAUAGCUCUUCCAAAUUUUGUUAAAUAGAGGAAUGAUUUUUUUUCCUCCGUAUGAAAUCCUCACUAUUAGGUUGUUGAUGUUUCAGUAAGAAAGCUUACUUUGUAUUACAUGGAUUUCCUUGGUUAACUGUUUGUACCUAGUAAUACAAGUAUUUAGGCAGUCACUUUUCAUUGUAAAUGGAUUUUAUGGAAAAAAUUUGGCACUCAAAUCAUACUUAACAGUGAGUUUAAUACAUGUAAUUUCUACAUUAAGUUCAACUUAUAUGUACACAAAGUAAACAUGGACACAUAUAUGUACUUGAUAUAGAUCUUAAAUUAUUCAGUCUGCCAUGUGUUUUCCUUUUGCUGUGGAAUUUGUAUGGCUAAGUUUUUUACACUAUCAAAUAUAAAUAACAUUUUACAGAAACAUUGAAUAUGUACAAAAUAUUGUUAUUAACCCUAGUGGGGUCGGUACAAUCUUAAAAGGUACGUGUACAUAGAGCACAUGUAUAUAUCUCGCCAUCAACGUACCUUAGUGAUUGUGUAUGUUUGAUGUUUCUUAUCCACCCUAUGUUUACAGUGUUGAUUCACUGUCAAUAAACUACACUCCAGAAUCGUAA